GCUCCAGCAUCAUUCCUCGAUCGCAACUCGAGCUGUUAGGACGUCCAGUGGUGGUGCUCCUCCAAUUUUCGACCCAAGUGAUUUUCGAUCCAAGUGUGUGCACGAUUGAGACUACUCUUCGAACUCGAGUUAUUCAAUUACCCUUAGAGGUCACGCAGUGGACUCGCAUCCCAGUCAACACCCACGAUGGCCACCGGAAGUCGCCCUCUCCAAUUAGUGCUCCUAGCUCUGGCCGUGCUCACCCAAUGGCAACCCAUCGAUGGAUUGGUCUCCAACGAGGAGCUGCGCGGAACCAUCCAGUCGCUGAUCUACUCCUACAACCAGCUGGACAAUAAGCUGGAGCGGCACGAGCAUCGCGAGCGCGCCCUGGGCGAGCUGCUCAAGAAGGCGCUCCAGUCCAUCCAGAAGGGCCAGAAGAGUCUGGAGCCCAUCAAUGGCAUCUUCGGGCGCCUGGACGAGCGGGUCAGCCAGAUAGAGACCAUGCUCAUCACGCAAGAGGAGAAGUACAACUCGCAGUCGGACCGCUUCAACCAGGCCACGGAGCACAUGUUCAAGUGGAUGCGGGAGAACGACGAGUGCUUCAAGAGACCGCCGCUCAGUGGCAACCUGAUUGCUCCUCCAGCCGCGCCCGCCGCCCCCGCCAUUCCCAAGGAGUUCCUGGAGGAGCAGCGGCGCCUCAACGCAAAGCUCCUCGAGGAGAUCCAGAAGCUGUCGGCCAGUGUGGCCUCCCUGAAGGAGAGCAGCCAGAAGGCAGCCGACCAGACCCAGAAGAGCUUCGAGGACCUGCCCAAGGCACCGCAGCUGCUGGCCCAGAUCGAGGCCAAGCUGCAGGAGCACGCGGCCAGCGCGACCACCGCCGCUCCGCCCAAGAACGCUGAGUUCGAGGCCCAACUCUUGGAGCGUCUCACCUCGCUGGGCGGCCAGGUGACGGAGCUGAGCGAGACUGUGCAGCGUCCAGCUGCUCCGCUUGGCCUCAGCGAGAAGGAUCGCGCCUACAUCCAGGAACUGAACAACGAUACGCUGAAUGCCCUGGCGCAGUUGAAGAGCGAGUCCUCGGACGUUCAGAAAUCAGCUGCGACGGAGGCCACGGAGCGACUGCAGCAGGCGGAGGCCAACAUCCAGGCGGACGUUCGUCAGCUGACCGCCGACGUGGGAAUCCUCAACAAAUACUUCGCCGCAACGAACGAGAGCAAUGCCAAGCUGAACGAGGGUCUGGAGGCGCUCGACAGGUUCAACAGCAUCAUAAUGACCAACUCGGAGGUCGUGCUGGACACGCAGCGCAAGGUGGACUUCGGCACACUAAACGUGGUGCAGCGGGUGGGCAAGCUGCUGGCAGAGGAAAUGGCCAAGCUGAGCGGGCUGCUGAAGGAGCGCUUCUCAUCGCUGGACGGAGCGGUGGUGGGCAUGCAGAAGGAGGCGAACAAGAACAUCAGCGGACUGCUGGACUCGGAGCUCACACAGGUGUGGCACCGCAUCGAGAUCAUGGCCGGCGAGAUCGGGCAGACCAGGUUGAUGUUCGAAAAGAUCCAGAACGUCACCGACAAGGCCAGCAACGACACGCUCAUUACGAUAAUGGGACUCGGCAGCCGCGUGGAGGAGACCAAGAAGCACAUGAUUGACAUGGACGGGAACCUCAACUAUUUGCUGGGCAAGCUGACGCUCAUGUCCUCCGAGUUCGCCAACAUCAAGAAAGGUCUGGCCGAAUCCCUCGAGAAUCUGCGCAACUCCUUCCACGACCUCCACGCGCAGAUGCCCACGGGUCCCGGCCCACACAACAUCGACAAGAACACGUAUCUGAUGACCGACGUCAAUCUGCUGCCCAAGCUCCAUGCUGGGCCCGGCAGGGAGUAGAGCUGGAGCGACGGAGAUGGAAUUUGAACAGUAACCAAUACUAUAAUCCUAACCAUAGCGCUUAGGUCUGCCCACUAACAUAUACCCAUCUAGUUGCGCCUUAAGCUGAAGCACUGCAAAACGUCGUUCAAUAAAGAUCGAAUAUUAUGUACAAGAUA